CAUGGCGUUCGGACACAGACGCCGGAGUUCUUUGCCCAAUACACUUCUCUCUUUACCCUGAUACUUAUUAACGCUACACCCUACGUUUACGGACCACCUAAACGUUUAAUGCAAUGGCGUGAAAGUCACCAUUCAACUUUGCUGCGAGGAGACGAGAACCAACCCUGAACAAACAACGACCGUGACUGAGAACUGAAGCUUGGGAAAGUAGCGAAAGGCGGCUAUUCGCGUGCUUGGUCGGCUGUUGAAGUCGGAAAGAAAUUGUUCUGGAAAGAGAGGAGGGGGGUAGGAGUAGAGGCGCAAUCUCCGAGAUGUCAGUGUCAUUGCAAUCAUGGAGACAUGGGAGUGACGUGACCAGGGAAAGCCCUUGCGCCUCCUAACAAAUGAGCAUAGGCUACACCUACAACAACAACCACUAUGCCCCUCUUUCUGCCAGACUAUUGCAUAGACUGACAACCUCCACAGAGACUGAUCUUCAGUGACUGACUUUGAUUUGAUACACAAAAGCAGAGACAGACAGACUAGACGACAAAACAAAGGCAAAGACAGCGUGGACGGACAGACAGACAGACAGACGGGCGACGAUGGACGAGUCUGCGCUGCUGGACCUGCUGGAGUGCCCCGUGUGCCUGGAGCGUCUGGAUGCCACGGCCAAGGUGCUGCCGUGCCAGCACACCUUCUGCCGGCGCUGCCUGCUGGGCAUCGUGGGCUCGCGCGGGGAGCUGCGCUGCCCCGAGUGCCGCACCCUGGUGGAGAGUGGCGUGGACGAGCUGCCCAGCAACAUCCUGCUGGUGCGGCUGCUGGACGGCAUCAGGCAGCGGCCGCGGCGACCGGGGACGGGCCCCGGAGGUGGAGGUGGCGGUGGUGGAUCAGGGGGAGCGGGGACCACGGCGGCUGUCUGCCUGGCUAAUGGAAGUGUUGCUGGGGUGCUGGUCAGGGCUCAGGCCACGGCGGGGCAGAGAGAGCCUGGAGCUCCUGGAUUACAGCCCCAACGCGUGCAGGCCAAGAGUACCCCUGUCAGGGGCAUCCCGCAGCUGCCGUGCGCCAAGGCCCUGUACAACUACGACGGCAAGGAGCCCGGCGACCUCAAGUUCGCCAAGGGCGACAUCAUCAUCCUGCGCCGGCAGGUGGACGAGAACUGGUACCACGGGGAGAUGGGCGGCGUGCACGGCUUCUUCCCCACCAACUUUGUGCAGGUCAUCAAGCCGCUGCCGCAGCCGCCGCCGCAGUGCAAGGCCCUCUACGACUUUGAGCUCAAGGACAAGGAGGCCGACAAGGACUGCCUGCCCUUCUCCAAGGAUGAUGUUCUGACUGUGAUUCGCCGUGUGGAUGAGAACUGGGCAGAGGGGAUGCUGGGCGAUAAGAUUGGCAUCUUCCCCAUCUCAUAUGUGGAGUUCAACACUGCCGCCCGUCAGCUGAUCGAGCUGGACAAGCCCUCGGAUGGCAGCAGCGGAGACUGCGCAGGCGAGGGUCCCUCCUCUUCCUCCUCCUCUUCCUCCUCCGCCCCCUCGUCGUCCUCCUCCUCUGCCGCCAUCCCAGGCUUCCCCCAGGCCAACGGCGUGCAGAAGCCCGGCGGCGAGAAGAAGAACAGCAAGAAGCGCCACUCCUUCACCUCGCUGACCAUGUCACACAAGCCGUGCCUGGCCCCACCUCCACAGCGCCACUCCAUGGAGAUCAGCGGGCCCGUGCUCAUUAGCUCCAGCAACCCCACGGCCGCCGCGCGCAUCGGGGAGCUCAGUGGAGGUCUGUCCUCCAGCGCACCUUCACAGGUCCACAUCUGCACCAGUGGCCUGAUCGUCACUCCUCCCCCCAGCAGCCCUGUCACCGCGGCGACCAUCUUCACCUUUCCCCCAGAGACCAGCUACGCCUCCAUCCCUGUGGAUGCGUUGCCGCCACCUCCUCCUCCACCCCCCCAGACCUCAUCUAUUGGCGCCUCGUCCUCAUUGAGACCCUCCCCCACGGCCAACGACCAGGGCAGCAGGCAGCGGCCCACUGUCUAUGUGGCGCUGUUCCCGUAUGCGCCGCGUAAGGAGGAUGAGCUGGAGCUGCGUAAGGGCGAGAUGUUCCUGGUGCUGGAGCGCUGUCAGGACGGCUGGUUCAAGGGCACCUCCAUGCACACCGGCAAGAUGGGCGUCUUCCCUGGAAACUACAUGAGCCCCGUCAGCAGGACCGUGUCGGGGGCCAGUCAGCCCAAAGUGCCCCUGAGCCUGUGCACCCAGGCGGGCAGAGGAGUCACCAUCGUCAGCCCCUCAGCCGCCCCCUUGGUGGGAGCCCUGGGUGGCGCUCCUGAGCACCCCAAGGUGUUGACCACCUGUGCGGGCGCCUCCUCCUCCUCCUCCUCCUCCACCUCCUCCUCCUCCAGCUCCCUUUCCGCGGCCGUAGUGAGCGCGGCCCACCUGCCCCUCGUCCCCGGCCAGCCGGCCAAGGUGCUCAUGCACAUCACCCCCCAGAUGACCGUCAACCAGGCACGCAACGCCGUCAGGACAGCUGCAUGCCACAGUCAGGACCGGCCCACAGCAGCGGUGACGCCCAUCCAGUCGCAGCAGCAGGCCAUCGCCUUCCUGCCUCACCCCCACGGCCACGGCCACCCCCACCCCCACCUGGCCGUGUGCCCCCAGCCCCUCACCAUAGCCUCUGCCUCCUCCGCGGCCGCCGCUGCUGCCGCCGCCGCUGCUGCUGCUGUAGCCGCUGGUAGUAGUAACGGAGCGUCCCCAUCCCCCGCCCCCUCUUCCUCUUCCACCUGCCCCCGGCCUGCCGCCUCCUCUGUGGCUCUGGGCUGCGCCGCCGCUUCCCUCACCCCUCCCAACGUCAGCGCGGCCUCCCUGGAGGCGGACGGCAGCCUAAGGCCUGUGGCGGUGCUGGCCGGGCCCCUGGGAAGUGGACCGAUCAUGGCGCUCGGCGCUACUGCUGCCGCCUCGGCGGCGUCUGGUGCGGCGCCCUCUAGUGUCAACAGCAGUGCCCUGGCCUGCCGCAUGGACAAGGACGGGAAGAGGGAGAAGAAGGGCCUUCUCAAGCUGCUAUCCAAUAAGAAGAAGCUCCGCCCUUCUCCCCCAUCCUCCCCCACGCUGGAGGCGGAGCAAGCUGUCACCAUAGACACGCCCCAGGGGGCUUCCGGAACAAUGUGUGACAUCAUGGCCGCCUGCGGGGGUGCCAACGGUAGCCGCUCCACUGUGUCCGACUCGGAGCCCUCCACGUCGGGCUCGGACGCUAUCUCCUCCUCCCACCGCAAGAGCCAGUGCCAGGAUGGCAUUGUUGUGCCCAUCGCCCCUCCCCCACGCCAGCCCUGCUCCUCCCUGCACGCCCAGCACGACUCUCGGCCAAUCGUCUGCGAGAGGUACCGAGUGGUGGUGUCCUACCCUCCCCAGAGUGAGGCAGAGCUGGAGCUGAAGGAGGGGGACAUCGUCUUCGUGCACCGCAAGCGCGAGGACGGCUGGUUCAAGGGCACGCUGCAACGCAACGGCCGCACCGGCCUGUUCCCCGGCAGCUUCGUGGACAUCAUAUGAUCACUGGCGCCAUCUGCAGCCUCGGAGUGGAGCUCACUCAAACUUGAGACAACCCGCAACGUCAUGGAAGUUCACCUGGAUGGAAUAAGCUACACACUCACACUGCUGUUGUCUUAAACCAGCCAGCUUGGACCGCCAUCACAAGAGGGGUUGAACUCUUGGACUGGACCCCACAGAUGCUUAGUGGGAGUUGGUUUUAAGGAGGCAAGGACCCAGCCUCCACAGCACAAUGGAGGAAAGGACAGUGGAUCGCUAAGGACAAGAGCACAGACACGUACAGUAGCAAGCAGAGGAAUUAGUGGUAGCACUGGCUAAGCAUACACCGGUGAAGAGCACUAUUAUAGUCAGUCAUGUGUUAGGGCUAGACAUCUCUCUCUCUUUUAUUUUAUCGCUUUUAUUUAACGAUAAGUAACAUUUCAGAGGUCUUUAAAUGUGUGCCUUGUACUGUCUCACUUUAUUGUAUAUAAGUAAACAAAGAUAAAUAUGAGUCACAGGAACAAAACUGAAAAUGAAAUUAUGGAAACAUGUUCAUGUCUGGAAAUAUGAAAUUUUAACUUAUUUUUUAUUAUGUGGUUUUGGUUGGGGUAGUGCAGAAUAGUUGACUGGUUGACUGGUACGGAGGGAUGCCUGUUUUUGUUUUUGUUUUGUUUUUAAUGCUGACUUUUACGCUGAAGUACCAUCAAAGGCGUGAUCUGCGAUUGGCUGCCUGCAGGUCCUCGGCUGACCUGAUUGGGUAAUUGCUCAUCACGGUCAGCUGUUUCCUCUUUGCACAAGAAGUGGCUGAAGAAGGUCCUGGGAAGUCUCAAUGCCAAUAAAGAACCGGUCAUUCAGUAAGCACAUCUUACAA